GAACGGGAAAAUAAAGGAAAAUCAAGCGAAUUCUUGUUCUUUUAAGGUCUAGGCGGUUAUUUUUCCUUCUCUACAAGUUAGGUAAUUGUGGUGCUGUGUUUUGCUUGCGUUGAACGCCAGAUCCCAGUGCCGGUUUCUAGUUUUGCGUAUCGCGCUCCAGAUAUCGUUGCAACAGUUUGCCGUGCCUAAAAGAUAGCGAAAUGAGUGAUUUAGCGAAGCAUCUCUGUGGAACGGACGACUGCAAGAAGUCCGCCACACUGCAGUGCCCGGUGUGCCUGAAGAUGGGCAUCCAAGGGUCGUACUUUUGCAGCCAAGACUGCUUCAAAGGUUCCUGGAAGGAGCACAAAAUCAUUCAUCUCCUUGCUAAGGGAAAGGAAUCGAAUGCAUACAAUCCGUGGCCUUACUAUACGUUCACCGGCAAGCUGAGACCGUUCGAACAAUCACCGCGUCGACCGGUACCGGCGUCUAUCCCAAGACCGGACUAUGCCGAUCACAAAGAAGGUCGAUCGAAGUCGGAAGAGGCACUGCGGGGGAAUAACACGAUCAAGAUACUAGAUGAUGAAGAAAUAGAGGGUAUGCGCGUGGCCUGCAGACUGGGACGCGAGGUUUUGGACGAAGCUGCACGCGUCUGUGGCGUGGGUGUAACGACGGACGAAAUCGAUCGAGCCGUACAUGAGGCAUGCAUCGAGCGGGAAUGCUACCCCAGUCCGAUGAACUACUACAACUUCCCGAAGUCUUGCUGUACCUCGGUCAAUGAGGUAAUUUGCCACGGCAUACCAGAUCUGCGUCCGCUGGAAGAUGGCGAUCUUUGCAAUGUGGAUGUUACGGUGUACCAUCGUGGUUUUCACGGCGAUUUGAACGAAACGUUUUUUGUCGGCAAUGUAAAGGAGCAGCACAAGAAAUUGGUACAAGUUACCCAUGAAGCGUUGAUGAAGGCAAUUGCUAUCGUGAAACCCGGAGAACGAUAUCGUGAAAUCGGAAAUGUAAUACAGAAGCAUGUGCAUGCCCAUGGAUACAGCGUUGUCAAGAGUUACUGCGGUCAUGGCAUUCACAGAUUGUUCCAUACCGCCCCGAAUGUACCUCACUAUGCCAAAAAUUCUGCGGUCGGUGUCAUGAAGCCUGGCCAUUGUUUCACGAUUGAACCCAUGAUAUCGGAGGGUACGUGGCGAGAUGUAUCCUGGCCCGACGACUGGACUGCGGUUACUGCCGACGGUAUGUUUUCCGCUCAGUUCGAGCACACACUGCUCGUCACAGAGUCCGGUUGCGAUAUUCUAACGAAGCGAAGGAAUGAGACCGGUAAUCCGCACUUCACGGAUCACAUGUAAAAACAAAAGCGCAUGCGGACGGACGAGAGUAUCGCGUUUUCGUAAACCAUAAAAACUAACGACCUCACGUGUUUCGGGGUCAAUAAUGCACACCCCAUGUUACUUUCGCAAUAAAUUUCAACGUUUCUC